CAGGAAUUUGAAAGAUGUAUACGAUCCGAACGGCAGCUCGUUCUUUUAUUUCCGCCAUUGCUUGAGAAAGUUUGGAAAUUAUGGGCAAGCCAAGAGGUCUCCGCACUGCUAGGAAGCAUGUGAAUCACCGCCGUGAUCAGCGUUGGGCUGAUAAAGACUACAAAAAAGCUCAUUUGGGAACCAGAUGGAAGGCCAAUCCUUUUGGAGGAGCAUCACAUGCCAAGGGCAUUGUACUCGAAAAAGUUGGCGUUGAAGCUAAACAGCCUAAUUCUGCUAUUCGCAAGUGCGUGAGAGUGCAACUGAUCAAGAACGGCAAAAAAAUUACCGCUUUCGUGCCCCGUGACGGUAGCUUGAAUUACAUUGAAGAAAACGACGAAGUCCUGGUUGCCGGUUUCGGUCGUAAAGGUCACGCCGUCGGUGAUAUUCCCGGUGUGCGUUUCAAGGUGGUGAAAGUUGCAAACGUUUCCUUGCUUGCAUUGUACAAGGAGAAGAAGGAACGUCCAAGAUCGUAAAUCUUCUACUUAAUGGAUAAAAUACAUUCGUUUAGUUUCUACAGUAAAGAAAAAAUAUAAAACUCAUAAAAAAUUAA